AUGGAUAUCCAUCCAGCAUCCAGGGAGACUCAGUUUAUGACAUCAAGUGAUGUCUCACCCUCUGGGAAUCCACCUCCCGGAGGAUAUGGCAGCAGUGAUGAUGAUAUUGAAGAAGUAGUAGAUUCUGGGGAAAAUAAUAAGUUUGAAUUUGAAGUUCCAUACCCUGACGUUCAAAUUGAAGACUCAACAUGGUCAGUUUCACAGCCUACAAAGAUGGGACACAUCACCUACACUGUCACUGGAGAGGACAAAGACGGCCCUUUCGAAGGAAGCAGGAGAUAUAAGGAUUUUUUCAGCUUGAGACAGGCUCUUGUCAAAAGAUGGCCAGGAGUGUAUGUGCCCCCAAUACCACCAAAACAAAGCGUGGGAAACAAGAAGGAUAAAUUUAUUGCCAACAGGAUGUAUUUUCUUGAUAUAUUCAUGAAAAAGAUAAGCAAAAUCCCUUAUUUAGUCCAAUCUGAGGAGUUUCAGAGGUUCUCGAAGCCAUCAGGAGACAUUACAGCUACCUUUAACACUCUAGGCCCAAUCUCUCCUCAAGACUUAAAAGAGAGACUCGAGAACGACCUCGGAGUCAGCUCAGAGCUUGAUGAAUCAGUUGUGAACCAGAGCAGAGAACAAGUGAACGAUUUUCAAUCUUUCUUGAAGAAAAUCCUUCCCACUCUCAAGGCUCUUCUUGAGGAGGCCGAAAAAAUGGUUGGCGCCAAGGAGAACCUAAAUAAAAGGACCGGAGCAAUCAUUGAUGCCAUGUCCUUUUACGAAUCCAACGGCCUCUCCAGAUUUGUUGACCAAGAUGUCACCAGAAUGGUAGUCGAAAAUCCUGAAGACCCUGAGAUGAAAGCUAAAUCUGAUGGAAUAGGCAAAACCUUCAAAAAUACCUUCAAAGACUUCUAUUUCUGGAUCAGAAGCUCUCAAAUGGAUGUUGAAGCAGUCAUUGAUGCAGUCAGUGGGAGGGACAAAGUAGUUCAAAACAGAGUAAAGCUCAUCAACAAGCAAAAGAGCGAGAAGAAUGAGCUUGAUAAUAUUAAUAACAAGAAAAAGACUCUAAAGUCUCUAUUCCAGUCUGCAUCCUCAAAGCAAAGCAGGGCUGUCUUCCUUACUACAGAUAUUGAAAAGCUUGAGAACGACGCCAAAGAAUUAGACGUGAUCAUCAAAAUGCUGAAUUGCUACAUCGCAGAAAACAUUAUCCCAGUUUUCAAGGAAAAGCAGAUAAAGGAGUAUUAUGAGUUCCUCAACUUCCUAGCAAGAAGAGAAAUCAAUAACAGUGCAGCAACCAUCUCCUUCUGGUCUGAUUUUAUGAAGAACGAGAAUGUCUCAGCUGCUUCAUCAUAG